GCAGUUGACCGGCGCCGACGAGUCCCGCCAGCACGUCUCCGCGAUGUCCCACCACCGGCAGCUCCGUGGGGACUUGAAUGCUUGAGGAGAACAGUAGCACAGUAUCCAGGCGCUGGUUUAGUGAUGUGACCUUUUUCCCCGCUCGGGACGUCGUUCGGAAGAAAGUGGAGAUGUUCGCGCUCGUGUUGGUCUUGUCUUCGGCCCGCGCGCUGGAGCCGGUGUUCCUCAAGUGCUGCCCCUUCGACCGGCAGCUGGACGUGAGCUUCCAGCGCUGCGUGGGCCACGCGUCGACCGGUGGCGAAGGAUCGGCGAGGCAUCCCUGGUGGCUGCCGCAGGGCGCGACGGCACUCUCCGCGGAGACCCGAGAGGCGAUACCCGGGUUCUUCUCCGACGAGGACCGCUUCCUGGGGAGGGUCGGCGACGAGGGUUACGUCUUCUGCGGCAGCAGCUCGGCGAACGUGUUCGUCGACCCGGAGGACUUCGCGUACCUGGACGACGGGUCGCUGCUGGACCGGGCGACCAGGAGGCUCCUCCCGCCGCGGUCCUUCUGCGCGGACGGCGUGUCUCUGGCCGGCGGGGAAGAAGUGUCAGUGGUUACAUCGUGCCCCUGCGAGUUCCUGCCGUGCCUCAGGAGGUGCUGCCCCCCGGGCCACGCGCUGUCGGUGGCUCGAGGGAGCUCCAACUGCGAGCCGGGCGCGGCCGACGGCGAGGACGAACUCUGGCCCGUGGGCUUCGCCGACGGGGUCAACCCCGGGGACUUCGCCGUCGUGCACGGGACCAACUUCUGCGGGCCCAGCGCGCCCAUGUACACGCUCUCGAGGACCGCCGUCACCGCGGUGCAGGCAGACGGCUCGCUCGAGGUGCAGGGGUCGGCGCCGGUGCCGCCGCGACGGUUCUGCGCGGCGCGGGACCGCGUGAUGGCGUGCGGGGCGGGAGCGGCGGCGGUGCCGGGGGCGGUGCGGCUGUACGGAGCGCUGUCCGUGCUGGGGGCGGCAUUCCUGGCCGCCACGCUGCUGGUGCAGCUAAUGCUGCCGCAGAGGGGCGGCCACGCCAGGCACCUCGUGGCGCACACCUCCAGCCUGCUAGCCUUCUACGUGGCGCUGUCGGCCGGCCAGCUCGGCGGGCGCCUGCCACACCUGGCCUGCUGCCUCGUCGCGUACACCAUCCAGUUCUCCUUCCUGGCGGCCAUUUUUUGGUUGAACGUCAUGUGCAUCGACAUCGCAUGGAGCUUCAGUUCUUUCCACGUACCGAGGAGCAACUUCAUGAAGUGCCAAAAGAAAAGGUUCAUACUAUACUCACUGUACGCAUGGGGGAGCUGUGUGAUAAUUUCUGUCGUCACAAUCGUCAUGGAAUUGUCCCCUGCGAUCCCGGAAUCUGCUAUCAAACCAGAGUUCGGCAGAAAAUAUUGCUGGUUUGGAAGCGACAUGGCCACUCUGGUUUACUUCUAUGGACCGGUGUCCUGCCUCCUCCUUGGUAACCUGGUACUGUUCGUCUACACCGUCGUGAGAAUACUCAAGAUGAGGAGAAGCACCGCGGUCUUGCGCCAAUCGGAGAGCGCCUACCACCGCGGAAAAGUAAAAGAAGAAGAGAAAGUGAAAAAGAGGUACUACAUCUUCUUUCAGCUACUUAAUUGUAAAUCUGACACGUUCAUGCUGUACUUGAAGCUGUUCUGCCUGAUGGGCGUGACGUGGACGAUGGAGGUCGUCUCCUGGGCGGCGGGCGGCCCCGGCUACUACUGGUACGCCACGGACGUGAUCAACGUCCUCCGGGCGGCGUUCGUCUUCGCGAUAUUCUGCUGCAAGCACGAGGUGCUGGCCCGCCUGCAGUCGCGACUCAACGCCCUCGCGCCGUGGUGCGUGCCGAGGCCCGGCAUGGCCCGGGGGGGAGGGGGGGAGCCCAGCAGCUCGGAGCGCACCGACUCCUCACGCUGCGCCGCCCGGUGCUCCGGCAAGAGCCCCCGCAAGAAGAGCUCGCUCUCCAACAUCGUGGAGACGAGCGCGUAGCGUAGGUUUCCCCGCGCCGGUCGUCAGGAACACCGGAUGAAGUGCCAAGAAAUAAAACUUGAGAUAUUACCUUAGAAAGAUUUCCCACUUCGGUCGUCAGGAACACCGGAUGAAAUGCUAAGAAAUAAAACUUGAGACAUUAUCUUCGAAAGAUCUGCGCAAUGGGAGUGCAUGACUCGAUGUAAGCUUUCGGACGCACGCACCAUUGCUAAAGCACAUGCGUGUCUGUAGAAGAAAACUACAAAAAAAAACACAAAUGAAAAAAAAAACACUAAUGAAGCAACAAAAAAAAAUUGCUGUUGUCAGCAGGAUAUUAAACACCACACAAUAUACUCCACAACAGGAAUAUGGUCGACAAACAUUUGUUUUUCUUUAGUUUGUUGACCAUAUUCCUGUCGUGGAGUAUUGUGUGGUGUUUAUAUCCUGACAACAGCAAUUUUUUUGCUUAAUUUGUGUUUUUUGUCAUUUGUGUUUUUUUGAAGUUUUCUUCUACUGACAUUACAUGUGCAUAGCAAUGGAGUGCGUCCAAAAUCUUACAUCAAGUCAUAAAACUUAAGGCUGGUGAUGUUCUCAUUGUAUGUGAUAUAUUUUUUUCAAAUGGUGUUUUAAAAGAAAAUGUCCCUCUUAAGGUGUUAUAAAAACAACAAAAACAACAAUGUAUUACAGCAGUGAUCAGUAUUUAUUGUUACAUUGUCACUAUUAUUUUCUACUACACAUGGUGUUUUGCUUUAAAAUAAGAAACCAAAACUAAAUUUCAAGAACAUAAGAUUGCUAUGCUGUUUAGACUCUCACGUCAAAUGUUAAUUCAGACGUACCCAAAAUGUGAGCCAUAGGGUUAAAAAAAAAUAUAUUCAUUUUGCUUUGUAAUGAAGAUGUGACAGUUGUUAAACUACUACCUCUUUAUCAGCUUGCCGAUGUAAGGAGUGAAUGUGUUAAGUUUUAUAUAUGUCUGUAAACAAAAAUUCUCUUAGGCUAUCCAUUUUGUUAAGUCGUGCACUGUACAGAGGCAACAAAAUAUUUUUUUUAAAAAAAGAUUGAACUUCAUUAGAAAGUUCUGAGUUGUGAAAUGCAGAAACAUAUAUUUGCAUUCUCAAUACAAAAAUUAUUUUUUACAUCACUUUGUGACCUUAUCAUGUUUUACCUGACAUUUUCAGAGUCCCUAAACACUUUUUUUUACCAUAAUGUUCUAAAAUUUUGUUUCUUCAUUAAUUUUAUGCUUCUUUAAGUCUACCUAAGUUUUUACUGGCAACUCUAUUGGGAAUUUCAUAAGCUUCAUCAUUGUUUAUCAGGUAGCAGACCAAAAUAUGAGAAUCUCAGAAUUAUAAAGUCAAAAUUAUACCAUAGAAAAAUUAAUGUGGUGCUCUAGAACAAUUUUUACCUAUUAGAAGUUAUAGCAGAUUGUUAUUAAAAUUUUGAAUUACAUGUUUCCAUUUGAGUUGCAAACUAAUUUUUCUUGACUUUUAAAGAUUUUGGCUGAAUAAUUAUGCUCUAGCACCUUUUCCUACAACCCCCCUCCCCCUUGCUUAUAUUUGUUUUUGAGAAUAGUUACCUGUUGACUAACAGCAGCGUGGAUUUUGUGACAUUAAGAUUUACUUCAGAGUACUUGCUAUCGAAAUAACUGAAUUACAAUUAAUUUUCACUAUUCACGUGAGAUUAACUUUUUGAAAGGACAUCUCUUAUACAAAUUCUCAGAUAGUCGUGCUGCUAAAUAUGCUCGAACAAAAUUGCAGUUCAUGAACUUUCCAAUAUAAAUUACCAACUACGAAUACAAUCAUAUGUAAUUGUCUGGAAAAUUUUCCAUAUAGACUGAAAAACAUGGAAAAGUCAGGGACUUCCAUAUUGAAAAAUGUGUAACAACCCUGAUUAUAACCGAAGCUUCAAAUAAAACGUAUACGUAGCAAAUUUCCUGGCGAAAUCAAAUAUUAAAAAGAGCUUGAAUUGAUUCACUUAGUCGAAGUUUCGCACAGGCCUAGUAAUAAAUCUCAAAAAUCAUAUGAAGUGAGCUCCAAAACCACUUGGCAUACGAACUCUAUGUCCACAACUUGCAAUAUAUGCUAUAAAGACCAUAAGUGGGGGUCUGCAUGAUUUUGAAAAAAUAUUCAAUAUUUGUGAACAAUCUGGUAUUAGAUUCAACAUUUCAAAUUGAAUAUUUUAUGAAUUGUGUUUUACCAAUAAAUUCACCAAGUGGGACUCAUUCAUAAAAAAAAUAUUAAAAAAAAUUUAUCUCUGUAACAUUAUACAUGUGUACAUUGUUUUUAUAUUUCAUAUUUAUAUGCAGUGGGAUGAACAAAAUUAUUUUCAAACUUAAAAUAAUAAUGUUAUAAGAAAAUGCA